AUGGGGUCCACGGUGCCAUGCGCCCUGUAUCUGUUGCUGGCAGCCGCCCUGGCCUCAACUCAUAUCCGCGCCAGUGAGUGUGGGGUGGAGAGAGAAACAGUCUUUGCCAGGAGCAAGAGCACCCGGCAGGGACCGCACACCGAAAGCCACGUCUCCGCCCUCGCCCACCUAGACCUCCCCUUUCCUCGAGAUGGACAGCCCCUGCCAGGCUCCCUUCUCCAAUCCGCGUCUGGAGCCCCGCACCCUGCACGCCUCCCAGCGAGUGCGCCAGUUCCCCGGUCUGGCCGGGUGCAGGGUCACCGAGCAUCUCCCCUAGGUUCACACUCUCUGCGGUAUUUCGUCAUCGCCUACAAUCCUGGCUAUCGCAAACUUCGGUUCACAGUCGUGGGCUACGUGGACAACACGCAGAUCUUGAGCUUCGACAGCGACGAGGAGAGUCCACGGGUGAAGCCGCGGGUGUCAUUUAUGGCUCAGGACCCAGAGCAUUUGGAGGAGUUGACGCGCUUCGGCAGGCGCGUCUUAUUAGUUGGUCGAGUCGAACUGUGGACCAUGUUCAGCUCCCAUAGCCAGAGGGAGAAUGGGUCUCACACUAUCCAGUGGCUGUGCGGCUGUGACAUAGGACCAGACCACCGCCUCCUCCGUGGGUAUAAGCAGAUGGCUUAUGAAGGACAGGAUUACAUCGCUCUGACUGAGGACCUGCGCUCCUGGAUAGCAGCGGAUAACGAGGAGGCUCAGAACACCCGGCGCAAAUGGGAGGCAUCUGGUUUUGCAAGGUCAUGGAGAUCUUUCUUGGAGGGCACGUGCGUGGCGUGGCUUCUCAAAUACCUGGAUAAAGGGAAGGAGAUGCUGCAGCGUGCAGAUCCUCCAAAAACAAAUGUGAACCAUCACCCCAGGCCUGAAGGAGACGUCACCCUGAGGUGCUGGGCCCUGGGCUUCUAUCCUGCGGACAUUACCCUGACCUGGCAGAGGGAUGAGGAGGACCUGACCCAGGACAUGGAUCUUAUUGAGACAAGACCUGCAGGGGAUGGAACCUUCCAGAAGUGGGCAGCUGUGGUGGUUCCUUCGGGAGAAGAGCAGAGAUACACAUGCCAUGUGCUGCAUGAGGGGCUGCCUGAGCCCCUCAUCCUGAGAUGGGAGCCUCCUCCCUCUCCCACCAUCCCCACCAUGGGAAUAAUUGCUGGCCUGGUUCUCCUUGGAGUUUUGGUAGCUGGAGCUGUGGCUGCCAUUGUGAUGAGGAAGAAUACAGGUAGGAUAAAGACAGUGUUUGAGAUUUGGGCCUUAUUGAGAAAUUUCAAGCCCUGCAUGUAAAUGUGCCCAUCUCCUGUUGUGUUACUAUAAAGUGUUUCCAUUCAUCUGUGCUUAGCCACUUUGGGACCAUUUUUAAGUAACUCUGUGAGGAACACCUGA